GUGAGUUUAUUGCAUAAAUAUGAAUAGCCAGGUCAGGAAUCAGAAACUGGCUGAAUUUUGACGGGCUGUUGUUUUAUUUUGGCAUGUUAUAAGAAAUUGGUCAUCAAAGGCGUUAAUAAAAAUCGCCAAUAAAUUGGGCAUGCAGAAAUAUUUGUUUUUUCGUCAAUGUCAUUACCUAUGUACGACUGUCCUGAAAAUUUAAAUGUUGAAAAGGAUGAAACUAUCCUUAAAUCCUGUCAAACUUGUGGACGGACAUUUAAUCCAAAAUCAUUGGAGCGUCAUGAAAAAAUAUGUGAAAAAUCUAAAAAAAGCAACCAUAGAACAGUGUUCAAUUCCUUCCUUCAGAGAGCCAGGGAAAUAAGGGCAAUACCAGUGGUUGCUGAUGAAAAAGAUAAAGAGGAAGGCAGACAGAAAGGAAAGAGAAAGGAAGGACAUGAAAAUCUUAAAUGCUUGACCAGAGGAGGCAGAAAUUCAAAAGAAAUUUUAAAUAAUGGAUUAUCUGCAGAGAAAAAGAUUCGACCAGGCUAUGAACAGUGUCCUUGGUGUGAAAGAUAUUUCAAUCAAAAAGCUGCUGAUCGCCACAUAUCUUGGUGCCAAGAACAGAAAAACAGAUUGCCCAAAACUCCUCCCAAUGCAGAAGCUAUGGAGAGAUUGAAGGCUAGAGUAAAAUAUCAAGCUCCUUUACCACGAAAGAAAAAUUCACCAGACCAUAGCAAUAGAUUAGUGAAGUCUGCUGAAUCCAUCCGCGAAUCUUCUCAUUUACGUAUCCAUUCUUCACCUCCUGUUCCUUCUCGUAACUUACCGACUGUUAAGUCAUUUGCACAAGGCACAAAACUUUCUGAUGUCAAGCAACAAAAAAAAUUAAAAACUAAUCAGCAAUUAACAGACUCCCAUGAGAAUAUAUUAAUUACGGCUAUUGCCAAGGAAAAUGACUCAGAUAACAUAAAUAAAAAAACUGUGAAAUUUAAGGAGAUGUUUCCUGUAUAUAAUAAAGAAAGGAAUAAAAAUUUAGAUAUGCUAGCUGCUCUUAGGCUAAGACUGUCAGAACUCAGUACUUCUGAUGAUUUUUUAGAAGAUAUGGUUUUAAGCCCUGAAGAAUGUACUCUUUCAAAGAAAAGUAAUUCCAAGAUUCAUAGUAUCCUAUCAUCUUUGCAGCAAAAGAGGGAUUCAUGGACAAGUGAUGGUGAAGGGCAAUGUAGCAGUAGUGAUCCCUCUUUUCCGUCCAUUAAUAGAAGUGGUAGCAGUGAGCACCGACUUCCGCGAUUCUGCUACAAUUGUGGGACGAAGUAUCCUAUAGUCAGUGCCAAGUAUUGUUGUGAAUGUGGAGCACAGAGGUUCAUUUUGGGAAUGAAUGAUAAACCUCUCACAUUCUCGUAAAAGAAAGAGUUGAAUUGAAUGUGUUCAUUUUAACAUAAAUGAUAAUCCAUGCAAGCUUUACCAAUACAAAUAUACAAUAGCAUUAUUAUUUUUUAUUUUUUCAUAAUCAAUUGUAAAAAUCAUACAUUUGGUGUGAGGAAGAAAAGUGCUACAUCAUGAGCAUGAACUUAGUGGAACUAAUAGUAAGGCUGCAAGUUGGGGAGAUGUAGCACAAAUCACUCGCUUAUUUUUUGACACACAUUUUUUUAUGUCAUCCCUUGAUUGGCUGAGAAACCAGAAAGAGGGAGGAGCAGUUUGAUAUGAGAUAUAUUAAAUGGCACUGCCUCUUCCCUCUAACACUAUUCCCUUGUUCAAUAUGACAAAGAAUCGUGCUUCCUCUAAAAGUAUUUGAGAGAAAAGAAAUAGGAACUUGCUCUCAUCUAUUUGUGAGCUACAUUAAAGAAAAUAAUUUUAAUUUAAUUCAAUUUUCUUUUCUUAGUGAUGAAUUGUUUAUUAAUAUAAGGCUGUAUUUGCAUUAAUGCAGCUCAAUUGAAUGCAUAUCACUAUUGAAAAGUGAUUGAAAAAAUAUGCAAGUUUUUCAAGUAUUAUUUAUUUUAUUCUAUUUAAUUUUAUCUAGUUCUCUAUUUGCAGUGGUAUAACAAAGGUGAGACAAAUUGAGCAAGUACCCUGAAUAUCCUUAUCUGGGGCUGAAGGGGUAUUAGUUAGUUGAAUUUAACAAAAAUUACUUUUUUUUUUACUGUUAUUUCUCAGAAUUAAAAUAAUAUUUCUUAAAAUUAGAAAUAAUGAUUUUUUUUCUUUCGUUUUAGUAUUUCUAUAUAUAUUCAGUUAUCUCGAUUAAUUCCAAAAUUAGAUUAAAUUUAACUUGGUGAAAAAAUUUUGAAUUCCGAGGUAAUAUAUUUGAUAACUAUCUCUCACCAUUAAAAUUUUGCUUCAUUUUUGAUUGAUUCAAAUUAUUCAGUUCAAAAAAUUGCUUUAGGUGCACAGUCCCAUCCUUCAAAGUAUAUUUAUUUGUCUCAAGUUAGGGCUGUAAUGUUGUAACAAAUAAAAGACACAUUUCCGCCUUUAGUAUUAAUAGAUAGAACUCUAGAUUGAAAAUUAAGUGAAGAUGUCUUUUUCAUUAAAUGUCAUCAUAAUAAUGUAUCAUAAAAAAAGUUAAAUAAUAUUUUUUAAUCCCUUCAAAAAAAUUUUAUGAAAUGUUAGUUUUUGUGUUUAGGAAAUAUCUAAUAUAUUAAAAAUUUAAAUGAGCAAAAUAAAUAAAUAAAGAAUUUGAACUGAUAUUUAAGUGAAAAUUGUGAUAUAUGAGAAAAAUUUAAAAUGAAUGUGCAUUCUAUUUGUCAGAGCUGGAAUAAGCAUUUUGAGGGCUCCUGCUUCUGAUGCUGUUUUGGGAAAUAAUUGCAUGUAAUGUACAUUUUAAUUUGUCAAUCAUUAUAUUUAAAAUAUAGUUUCAAAUGCUUUUACAUGAUUUAACUGUAUUUUUUAUUGGUAAUUGCUUUUAUAACUUCUAUAUUACUUAGUUUCUUAAAUAAUUUAAUUAAUCCUUUUGAAUAAUUAAGAUGUAUUGAUCAGCUGCUUGGCCAGCCAUAUUAAUUCAAGAAUAUUUUAUGUAUAUAAUUAUUUAGGCUUAAUUUCAACAGCCAUCCCAAUGUGGCAUUUUUUGAGGGUAGAUAUGAGGAUUGCAAUUAAAAAAAAUGGGGGUAUUGCUAUUUUAUGUUGGUACAUCAUUGCACUUUUGGCUGCAACUAAUCUAGGAAACUAAUAUCAUUGGUUUAGUACUAAAUGUUUAUUUGGGGUUCUUAGAAAUUCUUACAUAACACUGAAAUUCAUUAAUCUUUGUUAAUUUAAAAGAGCUUCAUAUUUUGAGAUUCUUAAUCAAUCUUUAUAUAAUUAGUUGAUUUUAUAGUAUCUUAUAAUUCAGAUGGAAUAAUAAUCCAGAAUUUCUUUUCAUCUUUCUUUGAUAAUUUUUAAAUAUUUUUGUUGAUUAACAGUAUUUUACAAUUUAAAAUUGUUUUUUUACAGCAAAAGUAUUUAUUAUUUCUUUAAAAUCUAACAUUCAAACCAAAAGAUAUUCAUUGAGUUUAUUAAUUAAUUUAUUUAUAUAUUCCUCUGACUUUAACCCUCUUAAGAUAAUGAACUUCUAGCACUUUGUCAGCCCUACUACCUUAUUGUGAUUUAUUGAUUGUGGUACAAAUCUAAUUUAUGAUUUUUUUUACCAAAUAAUUGAUAUGGUGUUAUGCAUGCAAAAGUACAAUGAGCUUAUGACAAUAAUAACAAGCAUAUUUAUGUAUUGGUGUCUGUAGCUCAAUUUUUUUGUCUUUCAUUAAAAAAAAAAAAAGUUUUUUUUUUGCAGAAUUCAUUUGUACCAGAUUUAUGGAAAUUAAGUUUGCAUAUUUAAAUAUUUAUUUUAUUAUAAAAUCUAGUCUUAUACUGGUAUAUGCUUUAAUAAUUAUUGAUUAUUAAAAUUAUAUUAAGAUUCAUAAUAUUGUAAUCAGUAUCAUUCUGUGAUAGAGAUGUAUUUUUUACUAAUAGUAGUUACAACAGAUUUCAGUAAGGAAUAUUUUUUUCAUUUAUUUUAUUUGUUAUUGAUUAUGAAAAGCUAGUAUUUUAAACAUAAAAAUAUGGCAUGAGUGCAUUAAUUGAAAUAUUUUAAUGUGCCUUAUUUUUGCUUAUUGAUAAAAUUGUUAAAGGUCAAUAGAAACAUCAGUCUCUUACAACAGUUGUACUGUUACUAUUUAUAAAUUUAAGUAUCUCUUCUAUAAGUUCUAGUAAUAUUUUAUAUUUGGAGUCAUGUAUGGCCUGUGGUCAUUAAGAGUUAAACAAUCAACUCUUAGAACAAUCAGUGUUUUUUGUCUUUCUGUAAAUGCUGCUUUACCCAAGUUGAAUAUAAUAUGAAAAUAUUUCUUCUCUAUAUAGAUAUAAUUCACUGGUAUGCACUUUUUAAAUCAAAAACCAUUUUUUAAAAAUUUUAUAAAUGGAUGCUAUCUAUAUAAAAGUUGCAGCAAAAGAUGAGCAGUAGAAAGAAAUAAAUCUUUUAAAUAGAGUUUUAUAUUUAUAUAAAUAUCUAGUCAGUAAAUUCUAGUUGUAAUUUUCCGUCCAAGAACUCUUUUGUACAUUUUAUACUACAUCAGUGUUAUUAAAUAAUGAAACAUUGUACUUGCGACACUAAAGUGAGAAUCGGGAAACUAGUUUGAAUUAUAAAUAGAUUAUUGUCAAACAAGGAUUGCAGAAUUAUAUGUUAUAGCAAAUAUCUGACCAGUCGAAAAAUAAAUUACAAUUUAUGAAUCAAAUUAAACAUUUUUUUUUCCUUUUUUUCUUAACUAACAGAAGAAUAAGUUAAUUGAGUUAAGCAAAUAUAUUAGGAUGCUUCAUUUCGAAUUUUCCAGAAAUUACUAUAUUUGAAAAAAUCUGACAUUCGUUCAAAUAAUUAAUAUAAACAUUGCAGUCAAUCAGAUCAAUCAGUUUUUAUUUAUAGUAACCAGCUUUUUUUAAUAUUUAGUUUUUUAAAAUUUAAAAAAAAAUCUGCUUAUACUGAGCAGAUGUCUUAAAAGAAAAAACUGUUAUGUAUAUAUCUAUAACAUACUCAACCUAACCAUCUAAUCCGAAAAUUCUGGAUUUUAGGAAUUUAAAAUGUAUAAAAUUUCAGCUAUAUCCAGAUCACGAUCACUUUGAAGAUAAUUGUAUACCUGCUUUUGCUCUAAAUAGGUUUGUGAUUAUAUUAUUUUAAGUUUAUAUGAUUGUUUCAGCAAUUUUCUAGUCAAAGUUUAUUAUGAAUGAAAAUUAUUUUGUUGA